CGAACAUCACAGUCAGCUGGUGAAGACGUGCACUGACUGACGCAAGCAGAUCAGUCUAAAAUUUUACUGAACGACAAUCCAGUUUUACUUAUAUCGUUUUGUCUCCUACGUUUGCGAUAAGUAAUUUUCCAAUGGACUCAAAUUGUUUCUGGUCGACACCUAGGAGACAAAAUCCCAGUCCCUUUCACGUGCACACUAAUGAUGGUAACGUGUCCUCGCAAACACCUGGACUGAUUCGGACCACUGCAUCCGUUGAUUCCGUCCAGACGCGCUCGCCUUACAACGUUUCACCCGCGAACACAAAGAACCCCGAGACAAGAAUCGGAGUAGGGCGCCCAUGUCUAGCCGGCACACAAACGGCAUACCACCAAGCAAACCAACAUACAACUGUUACAGAAUUGCCUAAUAUCAGCACCUUCGGUGAUCUCACACACGAUUCGAGCGGUUUCGCUUCACUGCUGGUCGAUCAGAGUAACAACAGCAACUUCACAAUUCACCAGAAAAGUACCGAACGAACAAGCGUUUCUUGGCCUCACCAAAAUCCGAUUCAUCUAGAAAGUGAUACAAGUGAUCUUGGUUUGGAUCAGAGUGUUCUCAGCGAGCACCAUCAAGUGGAACAAAGAAUUGAGCGCACAGACUAUCCAGUACAAUCAGCAACAUCUGUGAGGUCUCCGGACUUCGCGCCGGACAUGACUUCUACAUGUAUGCGAUCGAAAAUGAACCUGAAUACCGGUAGUGAGACGCGGGACGCAUCGCAUGCCACUAAUUUCCACGUACUGUCUGGCCGCGAGUCUCGUAUGUUGGAGGAAAACUUGGCCUCUGUAGCUCGAUACGUGGAGGAAUUGACUGGAUGCGUUGGUGCAUCCAAGGUCACUACUACCAACCCCAGUUUGAACAGACCGGACAAUACGCAAACCCCAUUGUUACAACGGACCAAAUGCGAGCGAACAACGCAGCUGAGCGAAGACCUAACAUCCAUAGCGGUAGAUCCGUUUAAACAAACGUCGCAAGUGAACCAACUGCAACAAAUUAAUCAACACUUGGCAGCUUUGUCGGCUUUGAAGACAGACAAAUCAAACGAACGUGUUGGAAUGGGCACAGCAACCCAAGAACUACUGACUCGUCUGUUGGCCAAUCAAUUUCCCGAGUUGGUCUUCAGUGCGAGCAGCCUACCUGCAGAACUCAAACAGGAGCGUCCCAAUUGGAGUACUGAGUCGAACUCCUCACUGUCUCGACCAACUUUACCUGCAAACCGUUCGCCCAGACCGUCAGCAAGUGUUGAACCUCAGACGGAACUCACCAGUCUUAGGGGAUCGGGACAAACAACACCCAUGCAAGUCAGUCUGGAUGAGGCAGUGAGGGGGCCUGGCUAUCAACCACCAGGUGUUGGCACUUCUGUGGAUGGCUGUGUCGGACAAACACAAGACGCUUUGUUGGAAAGAAAUGAUCGUCCUAACAGAAUCGAUUCGCCUGUAACAAGGUGUUAUCCACCAACAGCCAGUACACCGCCCCGCAAUAACGCAGAUCUACACAGCACAAGACCAGUGAAUCACUCCGGAACGGGCACAACCAACCCUGUAGCUAUGCUAGCCGGACUGUUGGGCACCAGUGCGGACCAGCUCCUCGGAUUGCUCAAUAACCAACUGAGACAAUGUAUUGGAAACGACACUGGCUGCGCUCCUGCACUUUCAGCCUUACUGGCGGGUCUACAGGAAACAGCAAUGACAAAUCGGUGCAGACAAUUACGGGAGCGAACUUCCAGUGUGAACCAGCUCAAUUUAUCUUCGUACAAUGAAAACGGCAUAGUACCAAAUCUGACUCAACAAGCGAUGGCAUCUACCAGCAACCUGAAUGAAGAAAUAGCACGUCUAGCGGAACCGUAUAAACGUUUUCUGUGCUCCUUAGAAAGUGAUAUUGAACGGGCUGCAAACGUCUAUCGCACUUCAGCA